GAGACCUGGUCCCCCCUGGAACCGCCAGAUUGCUUCCCAAGCGUGGGCUGCGGUGGGCUCCCACCUCCCUUCGCGAAAGGGCCCCCUCCCCUCCCUAAGAAAAUCGAUCUUGGCUCAAUUUGUGUCUGAAGUUCGCCACCCCCAUUUCCCCAGAGGGCGCGGGGUUUGUUUAUUUCUUUAUUUAUUCCCGUGGCCCAGGCGUCGGGGACUUGUGGCUGCGCAGACCCGGGGACUGAUAGGCGAAGAUGGAGAGAAAUUAACCUCCCGCCACUGCCCCCCAGUCGAGCGUGACAGCGCGCGGACGGGUUGCGUGACUCGUGACGUCUCCAAGUCCUAUAGGUGCAGCGGCUGGUGAGAUAGCCGGUAUCGCCCGGUUGCCUCUUUAUUUUAUUGGGGUAUGCCUGGUAAUAAACAGUAAUAUUUAAUUUGUCGAAGACCACAAACCAACUUCGAGCUGGGAGGUACAUGCUACUCUUGACAGAAGCUGGAAGAAGGUUUGGCCUAAAAGGAAUCUCUUUUGGGGGCCUUUUCCCGAACUCUUCACCUGAGCCCCCCACCCCAGUGAGGCGUCACUCCUGGCUUUUGCACCGGAUAGAAGAGGUGGGAUUUUUGGAGCGCUGGACCCCGCGCGGUCACAGGGCCCCGGGCACACCAUGGCCGACGCAGACGAGGGCUUUGGCCUGGCGCACACACCCCUGGAACCUGACUCAAAGGAUCUCCCCUGUGACUCAAAGCCAGAGAGCACGCUAGGGGCCCCCAGCAAGUCCCCAUCGUCCCCACAGGCCGCCUUCACCCAGCAGGGCAUGGAAGGGAUCAAGGUGUUUCUCCACGAAAGAGAGCUGUGGCUGAAAUUCCACGAAGUGGGCACGGAGAUGAUCAUAACCAAGGCCGGCAGGCGGAUGUUUCCCAGUUACAAAGUGAAGGUGACUGGCCUUAAUCCCAAAACGAAGUACAUUCUCCUCAUGGACAUCGUCCCCGCUGACGACCACAGAUACAAGUUUGCAGAUAAUAAAUGGUCGGUGACUGGCAAAGCGGAGCCGGCCAUGCCGGGCCGCCUGUACGUGCACCCAGACUCGCCGGCCACCGGGGCGCAUUGGAUGCGGCAGCUGGUCUCCUUCCAGAAACUCAAGCUCACCAACAACCACCUGGACCCGUUCGGGCAUAUUAUUCUAAAUUCCAUGCACAAAUACCAGCCCAGAUUACACAUCGUGAAAGCCGACGAAAAUAAUGGAUUUGGCUCAAAAAAUACUGCUUUCUGCACCCACGUCUUUCCUGAGACGGCGUUUAUCGCGGUGACUUCCUACCAGAAUCACAAGAUCACCCAGUUAAAGAUCGAGAACAAUCCCUUCGCCAAAGGCUUCCGGGGCAGCGACGAUAUGGAACUGCACAGAAUGUCAAGAAUGCAAAGUAAAGAAUAUCCCGUGGUUCCCAGGAGCACAGUGAGACAGAAAGUGGCCUCCAACCACAGCCCUUUCAGCAGUGAGCCUCGAGCUCUCUCCACCUCAUCCAACUUGGGGUCCCAGUACCAGUGCGAGAAUGGUGUGUCAGGACCCUCCCAGGACCUUCUGCCCCCACCCAAUCCGUACCCACUGCCCCAGGAGCACAGCCAGAUUUACCAUUGCACCAAGAGGAAAGAUGAAGAAUGCUCCACCGCAGACCAUCCCUACAAGAAGCCCUACAUGGAGACAUCGCCCAGCGAAGAAGACCCAUUCUAUCGCCCCAGCUACCCCCAGCAGCAGGGCCUGAGUGCCUCCUACAGGACAGAGUCAGCCCAGCGCCAGGCCUGCAUGUAUGCCAGCUCCGCGCCGCCCAGCGAGCCUGUGCCCAGCCUGGAGGACAUCAGCUGCAACACGUGGCCCAGCAUGCCUUCCUACAGCAGCUGCACGGUCACCACCGUGCAGCCCAUGGACAGGCUACCCUACCAACACUUCUCGGCUCACUUCACCUCGGGGCCUCUGGUCCCCCGGCUGGCUGGCAUCGCCAACCACGGCUCCCCCCAGCUCGGGGAGGGGAUGUUCCAGCACCAGACCUCCGUGGCCCACCAGCCUGUGGUCAGGCAAUGUGGGCCUCAGACUGGCCUGCAGUCCCCUGGCGGCCUGCAACCAUCUGAGUUCCUCUACUCCCAUGGCGUGCCAAGGACCCUGUCCCCACACCAGUACCACUCGGUGCAUGGGGUUGGCAUGGUGCCAGAGUGGAGCGAGAAUAGCUAAAGCGAAGCCUGCUUCCUUAACAGACAUUUGCUAGAGAGAGAGGAGAGAGAGAGAGAGAAAGAGAGAGAGAACAGGAGAGAGACAGUAGGCGAGAGAACCCCACAGACAAGGUAUUUCAUUUCACCCCACAUUCACGCCUGCACUUGAGACCCCCAGACACUGAUCUAAUCAGUAGCCUGAAACCACAGUUCAAAAAAUGUGACUUUGUCAUUUCGUCUCAAAACUUAAAAAAAAAACAACAACAACAAAAGUGAGUCCCAUUCCCACCACAACCACCACAAUCAUCCAUGGGCCACAUUCACACCACCUCCGGAGGGCCUCCCGGAUUCCUUCUUUUGGUCUCCAGCAAGUCUUGCCUCAUCGAGUGUGUUAUCCUAAUGCAGAGUUGGAGCUUUUCCUGUCUUGCUGUUAAUGUUGACAUUGUUAUAUAAUAAAUAAUAAUAUAUUUUUUUUCUUUCAAUUUUUCUUAACGGGACCCAGUCCCUUAUCUUGGGGGAGGUCUGAGGCAAGUUCAAAGUAUGUACUUGUGGAGUUCCCUUCCUCUAAGCCACCCCUAAAACCAAAAUUCGCCACCCUCCCCUUGACUGAGAAAUGACCUACCUCUGCCGUGGGAUGUUUUUGAAAAGGUCCCUUAUGUCCCCAGUUUUUUCUGAUUGUGUCCUGCCUUCCCCGUCACCAUGGAGCCCAGUCUGCCUCCCUGGGGAGUCAGGAUAACCUUGGGCUCCACCUGGCAUCAUAUCUGACUCAGCGCUCCCGUCUUCCCAGCUCCGGGUCUUCCCAGCCAUCUGUCGCUAAAACGUGGCCUAUAGCUUCCCAGCCGGAAAGCUUGCUUUGAAAAACUUAAAGAGCCCUGGGUUACACGCGGGCAGAACUGUGAUAAGCAAAGGGCAAGCUCCGUGCUGACAAGAGUGGUGAAAAAGCCAAAGUCAAUAUUCAUCCUGCUACAAAACAAAGCCAGCCCCCAGCCUGCAAAGCUCCCGACGGUCCAACGGGAUGCCAAAGCCAAAGCCACAACGUCUAAAGAAGAGGCAAACCGUGCUCAUCCAUCAUUCUCUCCGAGGGAAUCACACCCAAUGCCGACACCAAACUGUGGUUAUGGAAAGCAGAAAACAGUGUUAAAAAAAGUGUGUAAGUAAAACGUUAUUGCAGGGUUCUUCAGAUGUAAUAUUUUACUGGUACUAUUUAUUUAUAAAUAGGAGUUCUAAUUAAGUAAUAACAUGAAAUCCAGCAUGGGAGCUGGUCAAGAGCUUUUAAUUUUAUUGAUACUCAAAAACCAAGUUUGCGUUCUUUUUUUUUUCUCUUUCGAAAGUGCUUUGCUUUCUUGAUUAAAAAAAAUUCUUUUUUUUUUAACUGACCCUAAUAAAAAGAACAGGGUAAUAUGCGAGGCUGAGUAUGUCCAAGUCCGUGCGAGUGUGUGAGUAUGUUUGUACGUGAGUGUCUUCAAGCGAUUUUGUCCUUUUAUGUUGCUAAGGGGGGGAGGGGGAGAAUUAAGUACUCGUUUCGUAUAUUUGUGUGCCAAUUAAUGCCUAAUAAAUACCAUGUGCUUAAAAAAGUACAA